AUGGAAGAUCCCAGCGGUGAAAAUUCUACUGAAUUUUUGCAUCCCGGAGACCCUGGGAAUGAGACCAACAGCAGUCCUGGACACCCUGGGAAGGAGACCAUAGACAGGGAAGAACAAGGGUCAUGCGAGGACACUGACAUUACAUCAUCAUCACAUGUAGAAGAGAUGGUAAGUCAAAUGCCUGAACCCAGUACUGAGAAACCCUACAUGUGUGGGGAGUGUGGGUACAGGACUCGCCAUAGACAGGCCUUACGCCUACACAAGAGAACCCAUACUGGGGAAAAGCCCUACAAGUGUGACCAGUGCGAUUAUUCUGCUGCACAGAAAUCUGCCCUGAACAGCCACGUAGCGAGACACACGGGUGAAAAACGCCAUGUGUGUGAGGAGUGUGGGUACAGCACGGGUGAUAGGUCCACCCUGUCCCGACACAUGAAAACUCACACUGGGAAAAAGCCCUACAAGUGUGACCAAUGUGACUAUUCUGCUGCAGUGAAGGCCAGUUUGAACUUUCACAUGGCAAAGCACACCGGCGAGAAACCCUACAUGUGUGGGGAGUGUGGGUACAGGACUGCUAAAAAGGCUGACUUGUCAAGACAUAGGAGAAUUCAUGCAGAGGAGAAACCCUACAAGUGUGAUCAUUGCGACUAUUCUGCAGCACAGAAAUACAAUUUGGACAUUCAUCUAGCAAACCACACCGGUGAGAAACCAUACAUUUGCUGGGAGUGUGGGUACAGUACAGCUAUAAAAUCUAACCUAUCCAGACAUAUAAGAACCCACACAGGAGAAAAACUUUACAAGUGUGAUCUGUGUGACUUUUCUGCAUUGCAAAAGUCUGAUUUUGAUCAACACACAGCAAGCCACUACAUGUUUGCAGACUUGGGAUACGAAGCAGCUCAAAAAUCAUACUUAGAUGAACAUAUGCAUAUUCCUAUUCCUUUGCAUACAAAAUCAAAGGAGAAACCUUACAAAUGUGAUCAGUGUGAUUAUUCUACUGCAAAGAAAACUUCUUUGGACAAGCAUCUAGCAAAGCACACCGGUGAGAAGCCCUACAUUUGUAAGGAAUGCGACUAUCGGACGGCCAAAAAAUCCCACAUGUCCCGACACAUCAAGACCCACACAGGAGAGAAGCCCUACAAGUGUGACCAGUGUGACUAUUCUGCAGCACAGAAAACUGCCUUGGAUGACCACCUAAUAAAACACACUGGUGAGAAACCCUACACGUGCAAAGAAUGUGUUUACAGAACUGAUGAUAGGUCCUCCCUAUCCAGACACAUGAAAACCCACACAGGAGAAAAACCCUACAAGUGUUGUCUGUGUGAGUACUCUGCAUCAAGAAAGUCCUCCUUGGAUGAACACAUGACAAAACACACGGGUGAGCAGCCUUACAUCUGUGGUGAGUGUGGCUUCGGGACGGCUCGUAGAUAUGUCCUAGUCCGGCACAAGAAAGUCCAUGAAGUGGUCACCGUAAAACCCAAUGUGUUGGAACAGAGCAGCUCAAAAGUCUCACCUACCUGA